AUGAUUCUAACUAACAAGUCCAACUCUGAUGUCUAUGUCGUCCCUCCGAAAUUUUCCCUUCUCUUCUCUCCUUCACCUCCACACCCUGUCUACCACGGCACUUCAUAUCCUCUCGACAUGGCUCACCGCAUCGUCUCUCAAGUCGUGGUAACCGGAGCCCGCGUCUUCGGCCGCGCCUUCGCCGAAGCCUACAAGCAAGCCCAAGCCUCUGGCAAAUACGCUGCCCAGAAGAAGGCAUCUGGCGGUUCUCUCACCACCUCCAGCCUCACCCUCGAUGAAGCCUGCAAGAUCCUGAACGUCAAACCCCCAGCCAGUGGCGAACACAACCUUGAACAUGUUAUGGGCCGAUUCAAGAAGCUCUUCGACCUGAACAACCCCGAGAAGGGCGGCAGCUUCUACCUGCAGAGCAAGAUCCUGCGAGCACGCGAGCGCUUAGAGAUGGAGUUCCGCGAGGCCGAGCGCAAAGCCGCGCACGACAAGGAAUUGAAGGAAGGCUGGAACCCCAAGGUCUACAAGGACAAAUGA